AUGUGCGCGUCUACGAUGGGAACGCUGUGGCACCACUGGUCCCCCGUGCUCGUCAGCCUGGCCGCCCUCUUCUCCAAAGUGGUGGCCAGUCGAGGCAUCCUGGAAAGCAUCCAGAGGUUCUCCUUGCUGCCCACCUACCUCCCAGUGACCUACCACAUCCACCGUGCGGACGUGUCCUUCUUCCUGAAGGAAGCCAACCAGGACAUCAUGAGGAACUCCAGUCUGCAGUCGCGCGUGGAGUCCUUUCUGAUUUACAAAUCCAAGAGGUUCCCCGUCCUGAAUGCCAGCUACGGGCCUUUCGCCGUCGAGCAGGUGGUACCCCAGGACUUGAUGCUGCCCUCCAGCCCGUUUGGAUUCACCGGCACGUUUUCCCUGAACUGGAAGCUGAAAGCGCACGUCCUGCGGGACAAGGUGACCCUGAGCCGGCCCCGCGUGCAGGUCCUCUUCCACGUGGUGGGCAGGGACUGGCGCGACGCCGUGGGCAGGGACUGGGGCGACGCCGGCCCCGCGCAGAGGCUGCCCUGCCUGCGCGUGUUCGCCUUCCGGGAGACCCGGGAGGUGAGGGGCAGCUGCCGGCUGCAGGGGGCCCUGGGGCUGUGCGUGGCGCAGCUGGAGCUGCCGGCCGGCUGGUUCGGGCCCCCCACGGUGGCGGCCGGGGCGAGGAAGAAGUCGCCCGAGCCCCCCGAGGGCAGCCGCGUGGAGCUCUACUACGCCCUGCAGCCCGGGGACGAGCGCGGAGACUGUGCCAGGAGAGCCGGGGGGAUGCGGACGGGCCGCAGCGACAUCGAUGAGUCGGGGCCUCCCUUGCAGAGGAUCGGGAGCGUUUUUCUUUACCAGACCCCGAGCCGGCCGCCCCUGAGAGAGCUGCGUUUGGACAACCACGUGGCCGUGCAGUACGUGCCGAAGACGGCCAGGCAGGGAGACGUGCUGACGUUUCCCGUCUCCAUCUCCAAGAACUCCAGCGAGGACCGCUUCACGCUGAGGGUAAAGGUGAUGAAAGGCAUGAACAUCAUUGGGGUGAGAGCCAGCAGCCCUUCCGUGUGGGAGGUUAAGAAGAGCACGGAUUAUGCUGGGAAGUACACACCAGCUGUCAUCGUUUGUCAGAAGAAAUCGGCUGGCUCGGAAAACAGUGCGGAGGGCGCCUCCUAUGAAGUCAUGCAGAUCGACGUGGAGAUCCAAGAGCCCAGUGACCCGCCAACCACACAGCUUGUUACGUGGCAGGUUGAAUAUCCAGGAGACAUCACAUCUGACCUGGGCGUCUCCAAGAUCUACGUGAGCCAGAAGGACCUGAUUGGCAUCAUUCCACUGGCCAUGGAGGCGGAGAUCCUGAACACAGCCAUCCUCACUGGGAAGACGGUGGCCGUGCCCGUGAAGGUGGUCUCCGUGGAGGAGGACGGCGCCGUGACAGCUCUCAAGUCUGUGGAGUGCCGAUCUUCCGAUGAAGACGUCCUUAAGGUUUCUGACAGAUGCGACUAUGUCUUUGUCAACGGGAAGGAAAUGAAGGGCAAGGUGAAUGUGGUCGUGAACUUCACCUACCAGCACCUGACCAGUCCUCUGGAGAUGAUGGUGUGGGUGCCCCGUCUGCCCCUGCAGAUCGAGGUCUCGGACACCGAGCUCAACCAGAUCAAGGGCUGGAGAGUCCCCAUUGUCUCCAACAAGAGGCCAGCUGGGGACAGCGAGGAAGAGGACGAAGAUGAGAAGAAAGGCCGGGGCUGCGCUCUCCAGUACCAGCACGCCAUGCUGCGGGUCUUGACCCAGUUCGUGGCCGAAGUGGCUGAGCCCGGGGGGCAGCUGGCCCACCUGCUGGGCUCCGAUUGGCAGGUGGACAUCACGGAGCUGGUAAAUGACUUCAUGCAGGUGGAGGAGCCCCGGAUUGCCAGGCUGCAAGGGGGACAAGUCCUGAUUGGCCAGGAGCUCGGGAUGACCACCAUUCAGAUCCUGUCGCCUCUGUCAGAUGCCAUCUUGGCCGAGAAGACCAUCACCGUGCUGGACGAGAAGGUGACGAUCACAGACCUCGGGGUCCAGCUGGUGGCAGGGCUGUCCCUCUCCCUGCAGCUCAGCCCUGGGAGCAACAGAGCCAUCUUCGCCACCGCGGUGGCUCAAGAACUUCUGCAAAGGCCCAGACAGGAAGCGGCCAUCAGUUGCUGGGUCCAAUUCAGUGAUGGCUCUGUCACCCCCUUGGAUAUUUACGACACGAAAGACUUCUCCCUGAUGGCCACAUCACUGGAUGAGAAGGUGGUCUCUAUCCACCAAGACUCCAAAUCCAAGUGGCCUAUCAUCACCGCUGAAGCCGAAGGACAGGGUGCCCUGGUGAAGGUCGAAAUGGUUAUUUGCGAGUCAUGCCAGAAAUCCAAGCGGAAGAGCGUGUUGGCUGUGGGGACAGCCAACAUCAAAGUUAAAUUUGGCCAAAACGAUGCCAAUCCCAACACCAGUGACAGCAGACACAUGGGGGCAGGAGGUCACCUGGAUAAUAAUGUCAGCGACAGAAGACCCAAAAAACCCUCGCAAGAAUGGGGGAGUCAAGAGGGACGGUACCAAGGCAGUUCUUCCGUGGGCCUCAUGGAAGGAAGGGGCUCCACGACGGAAAGGUCUGCCUUCCAGAAGAACCAUGGCCAGGAAAGCCUUUGGGAUGAUGACAGCCAUUUGCAGACCAUCUCCAUCGACCUCACCAGCUUCCCAGCCCAGGUGGACCUGCCCAGAAGCUAUGGGGAAAUGGAUGAGAAUGACCUCACACAGGCCUCCAAAGGGCUGAGCGACUUGGAAAUUGGGAUGUAUGCCCUGUUGGGUGUCUUCUGCCUGGCCAUCUUGGUCUUCCUGAUAAACUGUGUGACCUUUGCAUUAAAGUACAGGCACAAACAGGUUCCCUUCGAAGAACAAGAAGGUAUGAGUCACUACCACGACUGGGUUGGGCUGAGCCACCGGGCCGAACUGUUGGAGAAUCACAUGAACUUGGCUUCCUCCCAAGAUGAGCAGAUCACUGCCAUCGACAGGGGCAUGGAUUUCGAAGAGAGUAAGUAUCUCCUCAGCACAAACUCCCAAAACAGCAUCAACGGACAGCUGUUCAAAUCUUCAGGACCCACACUCAUGGAUGGGAAGGAUCAGAAAAGUGAGCCCCCAGCGUCCCCUACCUCAAAAAGGAAAAGAGUGAAGUUCACCACUUUCACCACCGUCUCUACGGAUGAUAGAUGCCCCACCGUGAACUCCAUAGCGACCGGCAGCGAGGAUGCCAUGAACUGGGUCUGCCAGGAUCUGGACCCUGGAGGAUGCCACGAGUCACGCGGCCACGUGGAAGGGUUACACGAAGAUGUGUAAGCCGGGCUUCACAGACAUUGCUUCUCACUCACCUUUCGGCCUUUAACUUGGGGAUGUGGGGCAACGGUGUACCCGGUGGGGAGAUAAAAAGACAGGACAAGAUCAGGUGACGCCAUCCACGGAGCCACAGAAAAUGACCCUGGUUCCCAUGGGGCGGCCCCGAGUUGGAACUCAUGUCCACAUUCCAGGGUCCAGUGUUUCUGUCAGUGUUAAGGGGUUUAUCAUGCAUGGCAAGAUUUUUAAACCGGAAGAAGGAUGAGUUCUGAAUCACUGGCCUUCAGAGAGCCUCCAGGAGAGAACAGUCCCUCUCUUGCCGUCUCACUUUCUUUCAUCAAAGCAGUUUGGAUAGUGUCAAAGCCACACAGCUGCCACAUGCCGUGUUGUGGACCUCGGGCAGCACAUCUGGCUGGGAGCCCGGGCCGAGGCGGAGUCUAGCGCCGCCUGGAGUCAGCUCUGGGGAAGCAAGAGGUUCGAGUUUCGAGUUAUUAUCUCCCAAAGGCUGGGGCAAAGCAAGGCGAUCGCCGACAAGGACUGACAGGGAACAAGAGGGCAAAUAGGCCGCCAGUACCUUUGUAACUAGAUGCCAAGGACUGCCACCCAAACAAACAAAAACGCUCUGAGCCAUUCAGAGCGUCCCUUUAUUAGUAAACUAGGGAGCCUGGGUACAGACUUUCAACUGGGUUCCAAGAACCAGAAAUGUUGUUUUUUUUUUUUUUUUUUUUUAGCAAAUUCACUAUGUUCACGUUUGUACUCCUUCCGCCACGCCCCACAUCGCCACCUUUGCAAAAGUCAUUGGUCACUCGGCAGUGGAGGGCAGUGUCACCAUUCCCUCUCUUCCACUGUGACGUCUGUGUCAACCACCAGGUGACAUUCUACACUGAAGCCCCACCGGGCGAACUUCACACGUGUCCUUCUUUGAAGAGGCUGGUCUUUGAGGGUCAGCAGCUCUCACAAGGAAUUCAACACGCAGGGAUGCGCCUUCCCCUUGCUCUUCUGGAAGGCAAGGAGGGAGGGCUCUUCUGUGAUGCGUCCGUCCACAGUCCCAUCCAGUCUGCUGCUCAAGGCUGAUGAGAUAAAUCUGGGUGUCCACACGGAGGGCACAGGGCGGGGAGAGUUAGGACUCGGGGUGUGCGAUGAGGUGAGCUGGGCAGGAAGCCUGGCCCAUUCACACGUGGUGGCGGGGGGGCACGGGAGGCUUCUUCUCCACCUUGGAGGGAUGGAGGGGCCUGAGAGCUGGGUUAUUCGAGCGUUGGGUUCUGAGGUCAGUUUCUCUUUCUCCGUGUGCCUCUCUGUCCCUGUGUCUUUCUGAACCUAUCUCUCUGCUUCCUCUGUCUCUCUCUCUCUCUCUCUCUCUCUCUCUCUCUCUCUCUCUCUGUCUCUAUGCAUAGAAUUGAAUUCUCCUGAGAUCCAGUGUGUAAAUUCCACCAGUUCACCCUCUCGACCUCAGCACUCUCCCCCAAACUAAGGUGCUGUCCGUUUGCUCUAAGACUGAGAUUCCAGCCGCCAUCAGCUACCUGCUCCUGUCCCCUACUUGACUUACGUUGUCUGGCUGGGUGAUUAAAGUGUCACCCCUUUUCAAGGAUAAUCCUUUGCUUUCAGUAACCCCCUCUUAUUUCUUUCAUUCUUUCCCGCGUGAUGUUCCGUUUCAUACCGCGGCCGCUGCCCCUCUCAAAUCCGUGUGCGUGCAGAAUGUAUUGUAGAUAGUAAGAAUGUAAUAUAUAUUUAUAAACUUACCGACUGUAAAUAUAAAAUUUGCCUCCCGCGGCUUUAUGGCUGUCCUUUGUCUUUCUACACACUGACCCCCGCCCAGCGGCUGGCAUCCAUGGCAAAUGGCUCUCCAGA